AUGGCUCUCAACCCAGGCAUCAUCGCCAUCGCCGUAGGAAUCCUCAGCGUAUUGUUCUUUCUCUGGCGCAAGGCCGAUGCUUCCCUCGAUCCGGACGAGCCUCCAAUCGUCCUCUCCAGAAUUCCAUUUAUUGGGCACAUCUUAGGCCUUGUGAGGUACCAAAUUGGAUACUUUGAGAACCUGAGUCGUACUACCCACCCUGUCUUCACCCUCAAAAUCUUCGACUCUCGGAUUUACGUGGUGAAAUCUCCCGAGUACGUUGCCCUUACUUUGCGGGAAUGGAAAACCCUCACGUUUGAUCCGUUCACUACCGCAUUUGUCAAGAACGCCCUCGGUGCUCCCCCUGAUGUCGUCGAAGUUUUCGAAAAAACGAUGUACCUCACCGAGAUCCACACGAAAAUGCACGGCGCGCUUUCGAUCGGUCCUGAUCUCGCCAAAUCGAAUGUUCGGGUCCUCAACGUCCUUGCGAGGUAUCUCGUUCCUCAAGAGACGAACCUGUAUUCUCUCCUUCGCGAAGCAUACACCAUUGCUAUGGGAGAAGCCUUUUACGGCCCUGACAAUCCGGUUCCUGGCCUCAUUGAUGAAAUUUGGGACUUCGAAGAUGACCUCGGUCUUAUGAUGAUCGGUUUCUUCCAACGGAUCGUAGCAAGGAAAGCCUGCCGCGGCCAGAAACGUGUCUCGAAAGCCUUCAAAGCAUACUACGACGCCGGCCUCGACAAAAACGCCAACGAGCUCAUCCAGGGCCGAGCACGAAUCGCAAGAGCCUACAAUCUCGACAACACCGCCCUCGGCAUCUUCGAGAUGGCCAUCUGUUUCGCACCCAUCACGAACGUCGUGCCCACCGUCUUCUGGAUGCUGACCUACAUCUACGCCGACGCCGACCUCCUCCGCGCCCUCCGCCACGAGCUCGCCUUCCUCGGCAACCCGCUUGAUACGGACAAACUGCGCUCCUGCCCGCUCCUGAUCUCCACGUUCCAGGAGAUCCAGCGGCUCAAGCAGCACGGCAACGCCGUCCGCUGGGUGAGCGCCGAUACGCGGCUCGACGGGUAUCUCUUGAAGAAAGGCGCCGUCAUGCAGAUCCCCUCUUCGGUGCUGAACACCGCCUCGUCGGUAUGGGGCCCGGACGCUGGGUCCUUCAAUGCUCGACGGUUCCUCGACUUGGACGAUAAGAAAACGCGGCAGCGCGGCUACAUCCCGUUUGGCGGUGGCAGGAACCUGUGUCCGGGCAGACACCUCGCGUUUACGGAAGCGUUGGGGUUCGUGGCGGCGUUUGUGCUGGGUUUCGACAUGCAGGGAGCAAAGAUAAUCGGAGCGAGGACCCACAAGAUUGGGUUUGGGGCCAGGAAGCCGGAGCGGGACUUAAAGGUGUCGAUAAGACGGAGAGCGGGGUUUGAAGAUGCGAAGUGGAGCUUCAAUGUUGGCGGAGAGAGGGAUGCGGCACCUGAACAGAAUGUAUAA